AUGAGUUCCUCCGCCACAUCACCGAGGUCCAUACCGAGCGUUCGCCGACGCAUUGCUAUUAACAAUGAAGGUUACAAGGCAGCGGUGAUCGUCAUCGCCGAUACGUGGAAUUCCAACCUGCCCGGAGGUGGAGGCGGCAGUAGUUAUGGACAUCGUGAGGGCGGCGGUGGUGGAUACAGCCGUGGUGGCGGCGGUGAUGGAUACAGCCAUGGUGGCGGCGGUGGUGGUGGAUACAGCCGUGGUGGUGACCGUGGCUAUGAAAGAGGAAAGAAGAUGAAAGAAGAAUGA